AUGGCUUUACCUGAAUCCAAGGAUUUCUCCUACUUAUACUCCGAAGAGACUAAGGCUCGUAAACCUUCUCCAUUGAAAACAUGUAUUCAUUUAUUCUCUGAUCCAAAUAUUAUCUUCUUAGGUGGUGGUCUACCAUUAUCUGAUUAUUUCCCUUGGCAAGACCUUGAAGUGAAUUCUCCAAAACCUCCUUUCUCAAAUGGUAUCGGUGCACCAAUUACUGGGGAGAAUGUCAUGGAAUCUCAUAUCACUAAAUUAGAAAAGCUUCAUGAAGGAGAUAUCCCAUUAGCUCGUUCUUUACAAUACGGUUUAUCUCAAGGUCAACCGGAAUUGUUAAAUUUCUUAAGAGAACAUAACAAACUUAUUCAUGAUAUGCAUUAUGAAGAUUGGGAUGUUCUAGCUACUGCUGGUAAUACUAAUGCUUGGGAAUCUACAUUGAGAGUCUUCUGUAACCGUGGUGAUGUCAUCCUAGCUGAAGCUCAUUCUUUCUCAUCUUCUUUGGCAGCUGCUCAAGCUCAAGGUGUCGUUACUUUCCCUGUUCCAAUUGAUGAAAAUGGUAUUAUCCCAGAAAAAUUAGAAAAAAUCUUAGAUAAUUGGACUGAAGGUGCUAAGAAACCAAAAUUAUUAUAUACUAUUCCAACUGGUCAAAAUCCAACUGGUACUUCCCUUGACGACGAUAGAAAACAUGAAAUCUAUAGAAUUGCACAAAAACAUGAUUUCUUAAUCAUCGAAGACGAACCUUAUUAUUUCUUACAAAUGGGUGAAUACAUUAAGGAUUUAGCCGCAAGAAAACAACAUGCUGCAAAUGUCAGUUUGCUUCAUGAUGAAUUCUUGAAGUCCUUGGCUAAAACUUUCCUAUCUAUUGAUACAGAAGGUCGUGUCAUUAGAAUGGAUUCCUUCUCUAAGGUCCUUGCUCCAGGUACAAGAUUAGGUUGGAUUUCUGCCUCUAAGAAGCUACUGAAACCAUACUUGUCUCUUCAUGAAAUGACCAUUCAAGCUCCUUCUGGUUUCUCCCAAUCUAUGAUCUCUGGUCUAUUGAACAGAUGGGGUCAAAAAGGUUAUUUGGAUUGGUUACUAGGUCUACGUCACGAGUAUGCCAUCAAGCGUGACAACGCUAUUGAUGCCCUAUACGACUAUGUUCCACAGACCCCAGCUUUCACAAUCAACCCACCUAUCGCUGGUAUGUUCUUUACUGUCAAUAUCGACGCUUCUACCCAUCCUGAAUUUACCACUACUUACAAGUCUAACCCAGCUGCUGUUGAACAACACCUAUACGAAAAAGUAAUUGAAAGUGGUCUAUUGGUCGUCCCAGGUGCUUGGUUCAUCACUGAAGGUGAUACAACUCCUGCUCAACCAGCGUCUUCCACCGAAAAUAACUCUCCUAAUGAAAUUUUCUUCAGAGGUACUUAUGCUGCCGUCUCUCCAGAAAGAUUGAGAGAAGGUCUAAAGAGACUAGGCGAUAUGUUACAUAAGGAAUUCCAAAUUUAA